AUGAAGCAUCAUCAUGUGCUUCUCCUCUCCAUUCGUCUUCUGCUCUGCCUCCCGGCCGUUUGCAUGCUAGCGGCGGCCCGCGGGCCGCUGGCACGCCCAGGCUGCAAGGCGAAGUGCGGCGACGUCGACAUCCCUUACCCUUUCGGCAUCGGUGAUCAGUGCGCGAUCCAUGGCGGUUUCAACAUCAGUUGCAAGGUUCUCAACGGCACUGACCGGCCUUUCACGGGGCCGUUCGAGGUGACGAAGAUUUCUACGGCCGACGCCAAAGCUUGGAUAAAGAUGAACUUGUCCUUGCAGUGUUCUUCUGACCCUCAGGCGCAGCCGCUGAAAGUGUCUCUGCUUCAAGAAGGUUUCACUGACACACCUUUCAGGUUCUCAUACGUGGAUAACAAGAUUUUUGUCAUCGGGUGCGACAUGGAUGGCUAUUUUACGGGUUCUACUAUUAAUUUAGGAAUUGAAAUUAAAUUUUGCUCGACCACAUGCGAUGGUACACUCAAAAACGGUUCGUGCUCUGGAAUUGGCUGCUGUGAGGCUGAUGUCCCAAAAGACCGGGGUUCUUAUUCUGCUGAGUUCUUUGUACACACGAAAUCCUCUACAGUAUGGAAGCACAGUCCCUGCAGGUAUAUGGUAGUGAUGGAAAAGGCAAAGUUCAACUUUAGCACCACAUAUAUCUCCUCGACAACGUUCUUGGAUGCAUACCACGGCCAAGUCCCUGCUGUGGUUGACUGGGCGAUCAGGCCGGAAUCCUGCGAGGUUGCUAGAAUGUACAUGGUUCCCUAUGCAUGUAAAAGCAACAACAGUGAGUGUGUCGAUUCCACCAACGGGGAAGGUUAUCGCUGCAGGUGCUUCGAUGGAUACGAAGGCAAUCCGUACGUCAAGAAUGGAUGCAAAGAUAUGGAUGAAUGCCUGGAAAAUCCAUGUGGUGGCGAGAUCUGUCAAAAUACACCGGGGAACUUCACCUGUUCAUGUCCACCGGGAAAAGAAAUGAUUAAUGGUGUUUGCAAGGCAAAACAGAAGUCCACUUCUUGGGUGAUGCCUGUCGUAGGUGCAAAUGUUGGAGCAGUCAUCAUAGUUGUAACCAUAUCUUGCGCAUACUUGAUCGAAGAAAGAAGAAAGCUACAGCACAUAAAAGAGAGCUAUUUCCGUCAACAUGGAGGCAUGCUGCUGUUCGAGUUUAUUAAAGCACAGCAAGGGAUUGCAUUUAAAAUAUUUUCAGAAGCAGAAUUGCAAGAAGCCACUGACAAGUUCAGCGGAAAACGAGUAGUGGGUCAUGGAGGCCAUGGAAAUGUGUACAAGGGACUUCUUGAAGGCAACGUCGAAGUAGCUGUCAAAAGAUGCAUGAUAAUUGAUGAGCACCACAAGAAAGAAUUCGGCAAGGAAAUGCUAAUCCUUUCUCAGAUCAACCACAAGAACAUCGUCAAAUUACUUGGAUGCUGCCUCGAAGUGGAGGUCCCCAUGCUGGUCUACGAGUUCAUCCCGAACGGCACAUUGUUCCAUCUCAUCCACGGCAACCAUGGCCGGCACAUUUCCUUGGCUACUCGGUUACAGAUCGCCCAUCAGUCCGCUGAGGCGCUUGCCUACCUGCACUCAUGGGCAUCCCCACCAAUCCUCCAUGGAGACGUCAAGUCCUCAAACAUCCUCAUCGACUGCGACUACACCGUGAAAGUCUCGGACUUCGGUGCUUCCAUUCUAGCACCGACCGAUAAGUCGCAGUUCGUCACACUUGUUCAAGGAACUUGCGGCUACCUCGACCCGGAGUACUUGCAGACAUGCCAGUUGACAGAUAAGAGCGAUGUGUAUAGCUUCGGGGUUGUUCUCCUCGAGUUGCUCACACGUAAAAAGCCAUUGAACGUUGAAGGGCCUGAAGAUGAGAAGAGCUUGGCAAUGAGGUUUAUUUCUGUGAUGAAGGAAGACAAGCUUGAGGACAUCUUGGACGAUCAGAUCAAGAACGACGAGAGCAUGGAAGUUCUGGGAGAGAUUGCAGAGUUGGCAAAGCAAUGCUUGGAGAUGUGUGGUGCGAAUAGGCCGUUGAUGAAGGAAGUUUCCGAGAAGCUCGAUAGGUUGGGGAAGGUGAUGCAACUAUAUCCAUGGGCACAACAGAACCCUGAGCAGGUGGAGUCCUUUCUUGUUGAGUCAAGCUCGGAGGUUUUCACCACAGGAAAUCUAAGCUGCCAAGGGCCUGGAAUCGGGAGGUUGACCAGCGUCUCAAAUCUUAUCACGUAUUAA